AGGCUUCUUUACACUGCGCAGUUCUCCUCCACGCGACAAAAAGGUGCACGAGGGGGAGUAUGUCUCUUUGCGCCCCUCCUCCACGCGGCAAUCCGUGUACAAGAGGGAUAUCGUCUUUCUGCAGCCCUCCUUCACGCGGCAUUCAGCGUGCGAGAGGCUUUGUUUCACUGCGCAGUCCUCCUCCACGCGACGCAAAGGCGUACGAGGAGGAUUUUGUGUUUCUGCAUCCAUCCUCCACGCGGCAAUCCGUGUACGAGAGGGAUUUGCCAUUCUGCGGCCCACCUCCACACGACAAUUCGCGCACGAGAGACAUCAUAUCCAGCUGGGAAGGAUGCCGCGCACGCCUCAUGGGGUCGGCGGAUUUUGCCUGCCUCCGAGGGAUUCGUCGCUGUCCUGUUCUAAGUCAUACACGGGGCCUUCCCCCGAGCGCGCGUGAGGCCAUGGGCUGUCCAGUGAAGUCGUUCGGCGUCGCCACGGGCGCACUUGUUGGGCCUUGGCUCUACCUGUAUCCCGUGUGGUUGAACUCGCUCCCGAACCUUCUUCCGGGCUUCCUGCAGGGGCUCAGCAUCGACUGCGGCGCGCCCGGGCACGCCGCGUGCCUGGUGCCCCCUCUGGCGGAGUCGCUAUGGGCGAGGCUGGCCAUCAACCUGGCCAUUCUCCUGGUUUGGUUGAUCCCUCACUCGGUGCUCCCUCGCGGCUCUGUGAAGCGCGGGCUCCUGCCCAUCUUCGGGAACGCGUACCGCAGCAUGUACGUCACCCAGACCCUCGUGGGGCUCUACGCGCUGAUGGUUCUGUGGCAGCCCGUCCUGUCCGAUCUCGAGCCGAUAUGGGAUCUCUCAGAGUACGCGUCGUGGUUCCACGCGUUCCGGUUUUGCAACUGCAUCCUCUUCCUUCACGCGGCCAUCUUCAGCGUCGACAUUAUUGAGCACCUGGGGUUCUACAUGUCUUUCGACCUGAAGGUGCACCAGGGGGCCUUCGGGCUCCCCAGCAUCGCGCCCGAAGACGCGGCCCAGACGCCGGUGCCCGAGUUCGCGGGCAUGUUGCUCCCCUUCACCGAGCGCGGGUUCUAUGCCGUCGUCCGACACCCUAUCAUGCUUUCGUUCAUGAUGCAGUUCUACAUCGCGCCCCUGAUGACGUGGAACCGUCUGGCGUACGUCGUCCCGGUCCACGCAUGCGUCGAGUUUGCUACCUUCUUCCUGGAGGAGCGUGACUACGAGGCGUACUAUGGGGAGGUGUAUAAGGACUACAAGAAGCGCGUGGAUGCUCGAAUCCCGCUCCCCGGCAUGCUGUACGCCCCGAAGAAGGGGGGCAAGAAGGACGUCGAGAUCCCGCGGAGUGACGAGAAUUCGCCGCUCACGAGGAGUUGACCACGUCGGUCACGCAGUGGGCGCAGCCCUCUGGGCACUUUUCUGCACGCGGUGGCCCGGGCCAGGAGGGGCCACCGGGGGCGCCGAGGGUCGGCCUGGGCCCGACUGAAGCGUCGGCGCCAGAGCUUGUCGCUGUAGGGGUCCUAGCGGAUUCAUAUGGCCAGGCGAGGUUUGGAGCCGAUUUCGGCGGCGCGCCGGAGUGCCCGUGUGCCCGGCAGCCUUGAAGCCCUAAUAAUCUCAAUCGCCUCGAUAGUCCUAUAGCCCUAUAUAGUCGCAUGGCCCUACAGCCCCCA